AUGGGAUCCAUCAUUCGCAAUCUUUGGUCCGCUGAGACCCCAGGCCCGAGAACUGUUGUCCGAGUCCUUGACGCUGCCAUCGCUACACUCGGAGUCGCAACCAUCUGGUCAACCCUGAUUUCGUUCCUCACCUACAACGACCGUCUCUUCCAUCCAGGCUUCCAUAUCGCACUGGACUUUGCGCUCGCAGCAGUGCACUACGUCUUUGGAAUCGUCAACGCCCUAGCUGCGGAUACCGCUGGAUAUAUGCAUGGCAAUGCGAUUGCCGCAACCUUCUUGCUUAUAAUUGCGGUUCUUCACACCUUCUUCUUCGUCCUGGCUUGUCGGGAUACACAUGUUCGACGACGGGUCUCGGGUCAAGGAACUCACAAGGAUGGGUUUGAGGUUAAUACCGUUUAA